AUGUCAGCACAAGAACAAGCCACGGGAAAUUUGGUUCGAUUCAAUUUCCAUGAAGAUAGUGAAGGUUUGAUCAAUCGUCAAAUCAACUUGGAAAUGUAUGCUAGCUAUGCAUAUACAGCUAUGGCAAAUUAUUUUGGUCGCCCAGAUGUUGCUUUCAAAGGACAUCAUGAAUAUUUCGAAAAAAUGGCCAAGGAAGAAUUCGAACAUGCCAACAAGUUCAUGGAAUAUCAAAAUAAACGUGGUGGUACUGUUGUACUUUUGGACAUCAAGAAACCAACACAACAAAGCUGGGCCUCGCCUCUUGAAGCGCACCAAACAGGUUUACAAUUAGAGAAGGAUGUUUAUCAAGCAUUACUCGAAUUACAUGCCAUGGCUUCAAAACACGCUGAUCCACAUCUUACGGAUUAUCUUGAAGGAGAAUUCCUCGAUGAACAGGUCAAAUCCAUCAAAGAGUACGUUGAAUAUAUCACCAACUUACAACGAGUCGGCACAGGCCUUGGCGAAUACAUUUUCGACAAGGAUCUUUAA